CCACACCCCGUUGUCUAGGAAAUAGACUAGAACAUCAAGUCAUUUCAGAGACCUCUCCUGUCAAGCGGAUACUGAACGGGACUAUAUCAGUUACUCUGUCUCUCCCAUCAUGGAAGCUCUGCUGAAGUGUAUGCAAAAUACCCCUCCCAAAGCCAGUUCUCCGGCGAUGUGGUGGGGUACACUGGGCACUGUGCGACCCUUCCCUAACUUCAACUCAGAGAAGGACGCCCGCGACAUUCAAACUGCCUUGGAGAGCAAAGGCAGUGACGUGAACACUCUGGUGAGAAUCCUGACCAAUCGAAACAAUGCCCAGAGACAGAGCAUCGCAGAGUCCUACCAUAACCUCACACAGAAGGAGUUGUGUCCUGCCCUGAAGAAAGCUCUGUCAGGGGGGCUGGAGCAACUCAUGCUGGGGCUGAUGAUGACCCCCUCUCAGUUUGAUGCCCAUCUCCUCAGACAGACCAUGGAGGGUAUUGGUACAGAUGAAGAGAGUCUAUUGGCAGUGUUGUGUACCAAAUCACCACAGCAGCUUAAAGAUGCCACUAUUGCCUACAAACAGGAGUUUGGACGUUACUUGGAGAAUGAUCUUAUCAGUGAGACUAGUAAAGACUUCACUAAGCUGGUACUGGCCAUACUCAAGAAGGAGGAACUGAAUUCAAAGGAGAUUGUUGAUUAUCAACUCAUUGACCAGGAUGUUAAGGCUCUGAAUGAUGCAGUGAAUGGUAAGAAAAAGGACCCAGCCCCCUGGAUUCAGGUGUUAACCACCAGAGACUCAAACCAUCUCAACAGAGUGCUAUCCAGGUUGGAGGAUCUGAGAGGGGAGACUGUGGAUAAAACAGUACAGAGUCACUUCUCUGGGGACCUGAGGCUUGGCUUCCGCACUCUGGUUGGCUCCAUCCCAAGUAUUCCUUUUUUCCUGGCCCAGCGGCUACACAGCAACAUUAAGAAAGGCAGUGUAGUGCAGGGGAUUCUUAUCAGCCACAGUGAAGAGGACCUCCUCUGUGUGAGAAUCGAGUAUCGCAGACUGACCAACACUUCACUCUACUCUACGUUACAGAAAGAAUACAAAGGGGAGAUGCAGCAGGCUCUCCUAGCCUUGUGUCGAUCUGAAGACCUCUAAAGGAAGAAUACCUUUUAACCUACACACAGUACAUAUUAUUUCAGUUGUUGUAACCUAAUAACUGGUAUUAUGUCACUCCAUUAAACAAUUUACAUGUCUUUGA